UCCCGGGGCUGUGCAUUUAAAGGCGCUGGCCAGUCCGCUGUUAGCUGUCGCUUCCUGCUCUUGCCGCUUCCACUCCGAGGAAUCCUUGUAACCCCGCCAGCAUGUCUCAGGCUGAGUUUGACAAAGCUGCUGAGGAGGUUAAGCACCUCAAGACCCAGCCAGCAGAUGAUGAGAUGCUGUUCAUCUACAGCCACUACAAACAAGCAACUGUGGGCGACAUAAAUACAGAACGGCCCGGAAUAUUGGACUUCAAAGGCAAGGCCAAGUGGGAUGCCUGGAAUCAGCUGAAAGGAACUUCCAAGGAAAGUGCCAUGAAAGCUUACGUCGACAAAGUAGAAGAGCUAAAGAAGAAAUAUGGGAUGUAAGAGACUGGAUUUGGUUGCCAGCCACACAUUGAACCUAAAAUGAUAUAAUGCCUUUUUUUCUUCUAAUACCAUGAAUGAUGUGAAGAGUGAAAAUAAUCAGUUAACCCAGUUUAUCAAGGCGUCCCAGCAUGUGGCUCUAACAAAUUAGGGGCAGAAUUGAUGACUGACCCUCCCUGAAUAGUUUUUAUCUGAGAUUAUUAAAAGUAUGUUUGUUACUUGAA